UGACGGAUGAAGCUCACUGUGGGCGGUACAGUUUGUCGGGAUACUCGGCCUCGUAGGGUGCUCAACGAUGGCCGCUCAUUCAGUGGACAAUAAUUAACUGACCAGUCCAUUGAAUGCAUCACGUGACUACGUUAGUUUCUCCAGGAACUUACAGAAACAUUUGAAGGCCGUUCUUUGCUCUCCGUCAGCCUGUAGUGCUAGCUGACUGCAUACUAUUGGCUACAACUGGAUUAGUGGAUAACUUGGCUGAUCCAGACAUGGAUUACCAAAACAUUGGAUGACGACACGACCGUUUUGUUGACGUCCUACAGUCACGUGGGUUUGUCCCCGGAAGUUCCGCCAUUAAAGAAGAUGAAGCAAACCUUGACCUUGCCGGCCCCGAGUGUCCCGAGUCAGCCAGGCGAGACGGACUCCCCCACACGACAGAUGAGGUCAAUGUCCGUGGCGGUGCCGUCCAUCCCGUCCCCACUGGUUGCGGCCCCGACCCUGGGGCGAGCCCGCACCAACAGCCUGCCUAACCCAGCCUUUCUACUGGGCUUCAGGGGGUGCAGGGACCCUCGGACUUGCUGCGUCAGCGUCAGGUCGUUCACGACGACAGCCAAAGGCGUGAUCAACGCAGGUGACAUUGUCAGGAAGACAAGUGUUAACAGCCUCAUGUCAUCUGGCAGUGCCCUCAUGUCAUCUGGCAGUGCCCUCAUGUCAUCUGGCAGUGCCCGACAUAUGACUGACAGACGGAAGUCCAGUGUCCAAUCGGCGCUAUCAGAUGCCCCGCCCUCAGCAGCCAGCACCAGUGACCGCCAGAGGGCGCCAAGUCUUGCAUCCAACGAGAGCUCGUCCAGUUCCGGCUCCCCACCCAGCUCCAGUCAAAGACCCGGCCCGUCACACAGUAUGUCAUUCUUCAGGGUCGUCAUUCAGGGCGACGAAGGUGUCGGCAAAACAGCGCUCACGCGGCAGUUCAGCAGCUCGGAGUACCUGGGCACUUACGACAACCUGACGGCAGCAGAUGGCGAGCUGACGCAGACGACUGUUGUUCCAGUUCUGCUGGACGGGGAGGAGUCGGUCAUGGCCUUCAUCGACGGCGCAGACGCGUACCAAAUGGAUGACAUCAAUGUGGACGCCUACAUCGUCGUGUUCUCUAUCGUGGACCGCAACUCCUUCAUUGUGGCCCGCGACCUGGCCCGCCAGCUGAGGGUCAAUGUGGGCACUGACCGGGCCAUCAUCCUAGUGGGCAACAAGGCGGACCUGGUCCGCAAGAGACAAGUGGCCAUUGACGAGGCCAAGGACGUGUCCACGACCUUUGACCUCAAGUAUCUCGAGACGUCCGCGGCCUUGAACCACCACAUCGACGAGCUGGUGGCUGGGACCCUCAAGCAGAUACGUCAUCAGCUGCUCCCCCCCGGGGCCGCCCUCAUGCCUCCACCAGCGAGCAAGUCCAGGAGCCGCACCCCGUCCCCAGUCUCGUUCUUCAACAAACUUUUCAAGAGGGCCGUCAAGACCUCGGCAUCGUGUGAGGGAAUCUUCAUGAAGUGAUGACGUCAGCCUGCUCAGUGGAUGACGUCAUCACACAGCUGGACCACUAGCCGACAGCUUAGACUAGCUCAUGGCCAAAUAGUUGGGCGAUGUCCUAAACUAGUGGAUUAACAGAUGGCCCAACUCUUGUACUAGCAGAUGGCCAAAUAGUUGGACGAUGGCCUAAACUAGUGGAUUAGCAGAUGGCCCAACUGUUUUACUAGCACUAGCAGAUGGCCCCUGUACUAGCGAUGGCCUAAACUAGUGGAUUAGCAGAUGGCCCCUCUACUAGCAGAUGGCCAAAUAGUUGGACGAUGGCCUAAACUAGUGGAUUAGCAGAUGGCCCAACUCUUGUACUAGCAGAUGGCCAAAUAGUUGGGCGAUGGCCUAAACUAGUAGAUUAGCAGAUG